AUUGUAUACAGUACUGUACUCAUAUUUCUUUUCCAAAAAUUAAUAAUCCACAAAACUAGGGAUAUCUGAGGGAAACACCCUGCAUAAUGCCAAGUAUAACAUUAGUAGUUUUUGUUUUCUUAAUCUUGAAUUUCUAUUUGCAAUAGUAAUUUUUUAUAUAUUUCUCCAUAAAUUAAGAAUAAAAAUAUAAAACUGAUCUAUUAAUAUAAUUUUUUAAAAUUUUAAACAGACAACUCUUGACGACGUUGAAGCUUUAUUGAAACGACAUGAAAAUUUUAUCAACACACUUUUAGCUCAAGAUGAAAGAUUACGAUUGUUUAGUGAGAUGGCUGACAAACUUAUUGCUGCAAAACAUUAUGAUAGCAAAUACAUUGGUGAAAGACGUCAUCAGGUAUUAUCUAGAAGACAGUCUGUUAAAGAAAAGGCUCAUCAGAGAAAACAAAUUCUCUUGGCUUCUCAUGCGUAUCAGGAAUUCCGAGCAGAUGCAAAUGAGUUGACUGCAUGGAUACAAGAAAAAUUAAAGACUGCUUCAGAUGAAUCAUACAGAGAUCUAACAAAUUUGGAAAGAAAGUUGCAACGCCAUGAAGCUUUUGAAGCCGAAUUGAAAGCAAAUGAGAAAAGAUUAGAUUCGAUUAAUUCUGACGGUCAAAACUUAAUUGUUUCCGGUCACUACGCUUCUGAAAAAAUUGAUGCCCAUUUACAACAAUUAAAUACACAGUGGCAGGAACUUUGUGCCCGUACCGAAGAUAAAGGUCAAAAGUUACGUCAGGCGGUUGCUCAGCAUACGUACAACAGAACAUUAGAGGACGCUCGAGCAAAAUUAGAUGAAUUAGAGGCUCUGUUUGCUUCAGAAGACAUGGGCCAUGAUUUACGUAGCGUUAAGCAAUUACUAAAGAAACAUCAAAUAGUGGAAAAUGAGCUUACAUUGUGGGAGAUAAAAGUUCAAGAGUUAGUUAGACUUGGGGAAGAUAUGGCAAAACAAGGCCAUUUUGAUGCCCCUAACAUAAUUAAAGCUACAAAAAUUGUAAAUACAAGACUUAAUAAACUAAAAGAUCCUGCUGAAAAUCGUCGACACAAGUUAGAAGAAUCGCUUAAAUUUCACCAGUUUAAUUUUGAAGUGGACACUGAAAUGCAGUGGAUAAGAGAACAUUUGCCUGCAGCUUCGUCGGAAGAUUUGGGCCAAAACCUUAUUGAUGCGCAAAAUUUAUAUAAAAAACACCAAAAACUUGAAAGAGAAGUUCAAGGUCAUCAAGUAAUGAUUGAUAAAACAUUUGCUUCUGGCCAAAUGCUAAUUGAUCAAAAGCAUGUUGCAGCUUUGUCUAUAAAAGAAAUGUGCAAUGAAUUGAAUGAUAGUUGGAACAAUUUAUUAAAUUUAGUUACCCAGCGGAAAAAGAAAUUAGAACUCUCUUUAAAAAUGCAAUUGUUUUUGUCGGAAACGGUAGAAAUCGAAUCAUGGAUGAAUGAGAAGAGAGAUACAUUAACGAGUGAUGAUUACGGCAAAGAUGAGGAUGCUGCAGUAAAACUUCUAACAAAACAGAAAGCAUUAGAAUUGGAAAUUGACACAUACUCUGGCUUAAUAACAGAAAUAGGACAUCAAGCACAACUCAUGGUAGAUAAUAAUCAUCCUGAUGCAAAAGUUAUUAAUAAUAGAAUGCAAGUUAUUCAACAACAAAUGAAGAAUCUUCAAAAAUUAUCCACAGUUCGUCGCCAAAAACUGAUGGAAUCGAGACAGAGACACGAAUAUAUGCGAGAAAGCGAAGAUCUUGAAGGUUGGAUCAAUGAGCAAAUGCAAACGGCUACUUCUGAAGAUUAUGGCCAAGAUUACGAACAUAUUCUGCUUUUGCAAAGCAAAUUUGAUGAUUUCAAACAUAGAAUGGAAACAGGAUCUGAAAGGUUUAAUCAAUGCGAAGAAUUAGGAAAGAAGUUAAUAGGAGCAGAUACGCCAUUUUCUUCUGAAAUUGAGAAGCGUCAAAAUCAUCUGAUAGAAACUUGGACUUUGUUAUUGGAUCAUAUUGAAGCUAGAGAUCAGAAACUUCACGCUGCUGGAGAAAUUCAUAGGUUUAAUCGUGAUGUUGCCGAUGGCCUUUCACGGAUUCAAGAAAAAUAUACCAGUAUACCAACUGAUUUAGGGCGAGAUUUAAAUUCAGUUCAGAAUCUUAUGAGGAAACACGAAGGUUUUGAAAACGAUUUAGUGGCAUUAGAAGCACAGUUGCAAGUUUUGGUUGAUGACAGUACAAGAUUACAAGUUGCAUAUCCAGGAGGAAAUGCAGAGCAUAUAUACGAACAGCAAAAUAUAGUAAUCGAAAACUGGAACACAUUACAAGAACGUGCUACUCAAAGAAAAGAAGAAUUGCAAGCAUCAUACCAUUUACAAAGAUUUCUUGCUUCAAUAAGAGAUUUAGAAAGCUGGGCCCAGACUGUUUAUUCAUCACUAAAAACUGAAGAUAAAGUAAGAGAUUUAGCAAGUGCUCAGAUCUUAAAGGGAGAACAUAAUCAAUUAAAAGCAGAAAUAGAAACUAGAGAAGAAAUUUUCAGUAAUGCUUUAGAAGCGGGAGGUGAAAUGAUUCAAGAGAAACAUUAUGCUAGAGAUGAAAUUAAGGAGCGAUUAAAUCAAUUGCUAAAAUUACGAGAAGAUUUAUUGAUUGCUUGGGAGAAAAAGAAAAUUUAUCUGGAUCAGUUGUGCGAUUUACAUUUCUUCUUAAGAGAUGCUAAACAGUUGGAUACUUUAAGUAGUCAACAGGAGGUUUAUCUUUCAAGUUCAGAUUUUGCUAACACUGUUGAAGAAGUUGAUGCUUUAGUUAAAAAACAUGAAGCAUUUGAAAAAUUAAUUUCUACGCAAGACGAAAAGUUAACAGCUCUUCAAGAACAUGGAAAUAAACUGCUCCAACAGAAUCAUUUUGAUAGUAAUCAUAUCAAACAGAGAUUAAAUGAAGUUACAUCUCGGAGAAUAAAAUUAAAAGAAAUGAGUAACGAGAAAAAACAAAGAUUAGCCGAUUCCUUCUUAUACACUCAGUUUAAAAGAGAUGCAACUGAAGCUGAAUCUUGGAUUGAAGAAAAAAGGAAGAAAUUAGAAGCUGAACAAAAUACAGCAGAUGUAACUUGCCUUGAGGAUAAGAUGAAAAAAUUACAGAAACAUCAAGCAUUUCAAGCAGAACUUGCAGCCCAUGAAAGUAGUAUAUGCAGUAUUAAACAGAAAGGAGAAAUGCUUCUUAAUAAGAGACAUCACGAAUCAUCUGAAAUACAUCAACAACUUGAAUGUCUGUUGAAACAAUGGAAUGAAUUAUUAGCAGCCUCUAAUAAUAGAGGACGUGGUUUAGAAGAAGCUCAAGAUAUAUUAGAAUUUAAUAAUCAAGCCGAAAAAGUUGAAGCAUGGAUCCGUGAUAAAGACAUGAUGGUCCAAGCAGGAGAUACUGGUAGAGAUUACGAACAUUGUAUGGCUCUUCAACGAAAACUAGACGAUGUUGAUUCUGAUAUGAGAGUUGAUGAAUCAAGAAUAAAGAAUCUUAAUAUGCUAGCAAAUAAAUUAAUUAGGCAAGGAAGAUCUGAUGACAAAACAAUACAACAUAGGAGAGAUCAAUUAAAUAACAAAUGGAGAGGUUUACAAGGGGCACUCGAAGAAUAUCGUAAGCAUUUGGCAGGAGCCUUAGAAGUUCAUGCAUUCAAUCGUGAUGUUGACGAUACUAAUGAUAGAAUCAAUGAAAAGUCUCUUUCGUUAUCUGUUGAGGAUGAAGGUAAAGAUUUACAAGCUGUUGAAACUUUACAACGAAAACAAGAAGCAAUUGAACGUGAUAUGACUGCAAUUGAAUCAAAAUUAAGGGAACAUGAUUCAGAAGCCCGUCAUUUAAUGCAAAAGUAUCCGGAUAUGGCUGCUUCGACUCGAGUAAAAGUGUCUGAACUACAAGAUAACUGGAGACAACUAACAAAUCUUUGUCUUAAUAGGAAACAGCGUUUGGCUAGUUCGUAUACACUACAUAAAUUCCUUUCAGAUUCCAAAGAAUUAGAAUGUUGGGUGAAUGAUAUGAUCGAACGAAUGACAUCUGCCGACCUCGCAAACAACAUUGCAGAAGCUCAGUCUCUCUUACAACUACAUCGAGAGCGAAAAGCUGAAAUAGAUGGUAGACAAGAAGCUUUUUCUUCUUUAAAAGACUUUGGUCAUCGUUUAAUACAGCAGAAACACAGUGCUUCUGAGACAUUAAAGAUAAACGUUCAACAUUUAGAAGAGCUACGACGCAUGUUAAUUCAAGCCUGGGAAGAACGUCGACAAAUAUUAUCACAAUGCUAUGAAUUUCAGAUGUUCAAAGAACAAGCAGAACAAGCAGAUUCCUGGUUGGCUAGUAAAGAAGCUUUUCUUAAUAAUGAAGAUUUGGGAGAUUCAAUGUCAAGUGUAGAAGCUCUGAUUCGUAAACAUGAUAACUUUGAAAAAACAAUGAGUGCCCAGAGAGAAAAGAUAGAUCAACUUGAAAAAUUUGCAACCGAAUUAAUCGCAAAUAAACAUUACGACAGUAGUUCUAUACAGACCAGAUGCCAGGCAAUAUGUCAACGCCGAGAUCGCCUCAAGGAAAAUGCCAUGAUUCGACAGAAGAAACUAAAAGAAUCAAAACAAUUACAACAAUUUCUCAGGAAUAUCUAUGAAGUUGUUGGAUGGAUACACGAAAAAAUGCAGGUUGCCUUAGAUGAAUCAUAUCGUGAUUCAACAAAUUUACUGAGCAAAAUACAAAAGCAUGCAGCAUUCGAAGCAGAAUUAGCAGCCAAUAAAGGAAGAAUUGAUGCAGUUUCUAAUGAAGGAGAGAAGUUGAUAGGAACUGGUCAUUUUGCAUCUGUUGAAAUUCAAACUCAGCUUCAAGAAUUGGAGUUGUUGUGGAGACAAUUAUUGGAUCAAGCAGCUCUAAAAAAAGAACGUUUACAAGAUGCCUAUCAGGCUCUUCAAUUUAGUCGGAUGUUAGAAGAUAUAGAUGCCUGGAUGGACGAAGUCGAAACUCAAUUGCAGUCCGAAGAUCACGGGAAGAAUCUGACUUCUGUGCAGAAUUUAUUAAAGAAACAUCAACUUUUAGAAGUGGAUAUUAAUAAUCAUGCAGAAAGUAUUGAACAGGUGAAAGACUUAGCAGCUAGUUUUCACAAUAGUAAUCAUUUUAUGAAAGAGGAAAUUGAAGAAAGAGCUUCAAAUAUUGUAAAAAGGUAUCAAACACUUCAUGAACCAGGUCAGAUUCGUAGAGAAAAUUUAGAAGAUGCUUUAUUAUUGCAACAGUUUUAUAGAGAUAUCGAAGAUGAACUUUCAUGGAUUAAUGAAAAAGAGCCAUUAGCAUCGUCUACAGAUCUUGGAAAUAAUUUAAUAUCUGUUCAGAAUUUGCAGAAAAAACAUCAAGUAUUAGAAGCUGAAAUUCAUACUCACGAGCCAUUAAUUGCUACGGUAGUCAGCAAGGGUCGUCAGAUGAUAAGGAAUGGACAUUUUGCAUCUACAGAAGUAGAAGCUAAACUACAAGAAUUUCAGUCUUCUUUCCAGCAGUUGAAAGAUUUAUCUAGUGUUCGAAGGCUUAGAUUACUGGAUGCUGUAGAAUCACAAAUGUUUUAUUCUGAAGUCAGUGAAGUCGAUGCUUGGAUGAAAGAGAAAAAACCAUUUCUCACAAGUGUUGAUUGUGGAAAAGAUGAAGCUUCUGUUCAAUCUUUAUUGAAAAAAUUGGAUGUUUUAGAAAGAGAUAUUGAAAAUUUCAAUAACAAUAUUAUAAGAUUAGGAAAAUUAAGUCAAGGUUUAAUUGAACGAGGCCAUUUUGAUAGCGAAAAUAUAAAAGAAAAGCAGGCAGAAAUAGAAGCUUGUUACCAAACAAUGAAAACACUUUCAGAAGAAAGAAACAAAAGAUUACAAGAAAGUAAACAGUUUUUUAUAUUUAUAAGAGAUGCAGAUGAAGUAGCUACUUGGAUACAAGAACAGAUGUCGAUUGCCAGCUCGGAAGACUACGGAAAGGAUGUCGAGCAUGUCGAAAUAUUGAUUCAAAAAUUUGAAGCAUUUUUAACAAGUUUAGAUUCAAAUGAAGAUAGAGUUACAUCUGUAAAAACAACUGCUUUAUCUCUUAUAAAUGAAAAUCACCCAGAGAUAGAAAAAAUUAAAGCUAAAAAUGCAGAAAUAUUACAUAUGUGGGAAGAACUGAAAGAAUGCAGCCAUUCUCGACAAGAAGCAUUAGCUGGUGCUAAACAAGUCCAUACAUUUGAUCGUAGUGCAGAUGAAACAAUUAGUUGGAUCCAUGAAAAAGAUGCUGUUUUAUCCAGUGAAGAUUAUGGUCAUGAUCUGGAAAGUAUUCAAGCUUUACUUCGUCAUCAUGAAGGUUUUGAAAGAGACCUCGCUGCUGUAAAAGAACAAGUUGUUGCUCUUGUAGAAGAAGCCCGCCGUUUAGCUGCUCAAUUUCCGGAUGCAAAAGAACACAUUGAUGCUAAACAUGAAGAAGUUGCAGAAACAUGGAAUCAACUUUUAGAAAAAUCUGCACAGAAAAAAGAUAAAUUGCAUCAAGCAGAAAAAUUACAAGCAUACUUUGAUGAAUUUAGAGAAUUAAUGGCUUGGAUAAAUGAAAUGAUGGCCCUAAUAACAUCAGAUGAUCUUGCAAAAGAUGUUGCUGGUGCAGAAACAUUAUUGAACAGGCAUAAAGAACAUAAAGCAGAAAUUGAUACAAGACUGGAAACAUUUGUUCGUUUUCAAGAAACUGGAGAAGCAAUUAUUAAUACUGGACAUUUUAUGGCCGAAGAAAUAAAAGAUAAAGUACAGAGAUUAAAUACAUCACUAGAAACAUUAUUUCAGACUUGGGAGAAACGUCAAAUUCUCUAUGAACAGAAUCUGGAUGCUCAGAUAUUUAAACGAGAUGCAGAACAAUUGGAUUCUUGGUUACAAAGUCGUGAACCAGUUUUAAAUGAUAAUCAGUAUGGUGAGUCUAUAGCUGCCGUGGAAGAAUUAAUUCGCAAACACGAUGAUUUCCUUAAAACAAUUGAAGCACAGGAAGAUAAAUUUCUUGCUUUGAAAAGAAUUACCAAAAUAGAAGAGGCAUUCUCAAAACAAAAGCAAGAGGAAGAAGAAUAUAAGAAAGUAGAAGCCCAGCGGAAAGAACAGGAAAGAGUAGAUGCUAUGAAACGCAAAGAACAUAAGAGGAUACUUGAUGAAAGACGAAAAGAAGAUGAGAGGAGGAGAACUCAAGAAAUAGUAUUCAAAAAACCUGGUGAAGAAUGGCCUAUUGAUAUUGAUGGUGAAAAUGAAAGAAAGAGGGACGAACCUGCCCAUGAAAUGCCAGAAAUUAGACCACCCGGUGGAAUUUUUAGAGCUGCUAGUCAGAAAUCUUUGGAUGGCGAUAAGAGCGGAAUCGUAAAGAGAGUUGAAAGUAUGAGAAUCGAUUUACUCUCGCCGCGUAGAGAGAGCAGUUCUGUCAAACGGGCAGAAAGCGUUAAAUUGGACGAAAGACAUCAGAAACCGAAGCGCACCCCGAGUUUCACUAUCAGAAGAUCGAGUCUUCGGCGUCAAAGGACGCCUGCAGAUUUACCACCCGUCGAAGUCGAAGGAUUUUUGGAACGUAAACAAGAAUUACAAGGUGGUGGAAAAAAAGCAACAAUAAGAUCUUGGAAAACUUAUUACACUGUACUUUGUGGUCAACUAUUAUGUUUUUUCAAAGAUAAAGAUGCAUUUAUCGAUAAAAAUGCAGCAGCUCCUCCCGUUAAUUUACUCCAAGCUAAAUGUACUAAAGCCACAGACUAUAUAAAGAAGAAAAAUGUAUUUAGAAUACAGUUAUCAGAUGGUGCUGAAUUUCUUUUUAUGGCUCCAAAUGAAAAUUCCAUGCAAGAAUGGUUAAACAAACUCUCAUUCCAUGCAUCUCUACCUCCCAGUAUGCAAUUAUUAAGCUACGAUACUCAUAAGAAUACCAAUAUUAUAAACUCAAAACAAACUAAAUCUAUUCCAUCUGCCGGAAGUGAGGGGAGCACAACCAGUACCCCCGUUGCUGACCACAGAACACACGACACGCUCUCUACAACAUCCAGUCAAGGAUCAUCUCCAGAACAAAGAAGAACUACAGGUUUUGUGUCUUCCCAUCCAUCUGGAACUAUGCAAGAUCAACAGCCACCUCAUUUACAACCACCUCCAUAUGACGAAGCUGUACAAAUGAGAGACAAGUCUAAACCUCCUAUUCCUCCGAGAACAACUCUUCCUUCAAGGCCAGUAUCCGAUUCAAUUCACACUCAGGACGAAAGAGUAUCAGUCAGAAGCAGAAUACAGAUGUUUCAGAACCAAGGACGGUCUAGUUAUCCAUCCGGAAAUUCUGAUUACGAGCAUCAUCAAACUCUCACAACGUUUACGAUUACGGGACAUCCGAACCAUAAUGGAAUGAUCAACAAUGAUAAUCAAGGAAGGUCACAAUUACACAGGAAUUCUGAAGAUAGCGUAGAUUCUGAUAUCGCUUUGCAUUCUAAUUCUGCACCACCGCCUCUCCCUCACAAUCCUCCCCCUCCCUCUUUUGUGCAUCACAAUGAUUCCGACGAAGAUUGGCAUGCUGCUUCCGACGGCGAAUCUGAAAAUCAACUAUAUCGCAUUAAAGAUAAAAAUGUUCACGAUCCUGUAGCAUACAGGCAGUCCUAUCCGGCCACGGAAAUGUCCACUCACGCAUCUCGUCACAUGUCGUUACCCGCACACUCCGUACCCAACUACCAGUCGCACCAGUAUCCCUUGAGUGUGGACCACAGAUCGAGAACGACAUCCUCGGAGGGUUCUUCGGAAGGAGAACUGGCGGCCCACUCCGACAAAAAGCCAAAAAGAAAGGGGAUGUUCGGCAGCCUGUUCAGGAGGAAAUAAUUAAGAUUUUAGUUCAUAAAUUUCGAAACGUGUACAUAAUUAUAUCUUUCCGACAACUUCCAGAAUUAUUGUAUAUAGACUAAAGAAUGUGUUGAAAUCUAUUGGAUAUUCACUAACAGAUAAGCGAAACAGGUAAUGCAUGGAAGCUCGCCUGAUCACAUUUCUGCCAAGUUGUAAACUGGAAGAAGAAUCAAAUUACAUUUCCAGACAGAGAAUCAUCCGUCCAGUCACAUCAAAACUAAAAAAAUUAAAAUAAAAUUUAUAUUAAAAAAAAUCAAUUUUUUAAAUGUUAUUAAAUUAUAAAUUUAUAUAUCAAGUUUUUAUCUUCAACGUUGCAUCUCUGACAGACCGAGAUUGGAACGAGUUUAUUGGAAAAAAUUGUUUAGUGAUAUCUAAAAAAAUUUUAACAUAAUGGAGCUUGCUUUAAAUGAGAAAAGAAAAAAAAAUUAUAUUUUCUGUAAAAAAGAAAACAAAUUUAUAUAUGAUUGUUACAUUAUAUAAAAAGAAAUAAUUUUUUAAUGAAUUAUAAUAUAGAAAAUUGAUCAGAAAGUUCAAUUCAAUAAUCGAACAUAAUUUUUUAAACAAAUUUUACGCCCUUUCGCAGCAUAGAGGAAACUCAAUACUAGUUAACUGUUGAUAGGACUUUUUUUAUUUGUUAAAUGAAUUGUUAAAUAAAUAAAUAAUAAUAAUAAUAAUUGUUAUUUUACACAAUUAUUCUUAAAAUAUUAAACUUAAUUAUUAUUAUUGAUCAAUAAAUUGCAGCAA